AUGUCUCAGCCUCCAAUCUUUUCAUUUUACAACAGUUCAGCAAUUCAGCAUUCUCCUACAGUACAGUUUCCACAAUAUGGUGUACAACCCUUUCCCCCUCCGCAACAUAACCCCUACGCUAACCAAUAUCACUACAAUACAUCAACAUGGUCUUCCUAUCCAUCGUCUCCAGUACAAACAUCACCACAUCUCCAGUCCAGAUCCCAAACACCUCAACUUUGUGGAAACAUCAACAAUUCUUAUACCAGUCCAAGAAGACAAUCCUCACCAUUGAUGAUACUCAGUCCAAUCACAGAGCCAGCACUGUUCAAGAACAAAGGUUCAGUACUAAUUGAUGAGAAUAUGCAUCCAAGAACACUACCUUCUCAGAUGGUAAGUGCCAGUGCAUCUGUUUCUAAUAUAAAUCCUAAUAAAGAUGCCAGCACUACUACAAACUAUGUGUACAAAAGCCCAAACCGAUCACAGAUUUUUCUAGAACGUGCCAAGAAACUGGGUAUUGUGUGUGCCAGAUCAGAAUCUUCUUCCGAAGAUAUGUCGAUAACAAACGGUUUUAAUAGAGAAAAUGAAGCUUUAGAGAAAAAAAAUAAGCUCAAUUCAUUGUGCUACCAUGAUGCAGUGGUCAUAGAUAAAGAAUCAACAAAAACUAUGGAUGACUUGUUUUCAUCAGUGGCUCGGAAGAUUACUACAGAUGUUAUCUGCUCGGCUGUAAUGGAGUUAAAUGCUGAAUAUGGGAUAUCAAUUCAAGUUGAUGAUUUUCUGAAAUCUGUGGAUAAUCUGUUAGAUAACAUUACAGAUAACAAUAUUAUUCGGGAUGAGGAAGUGAUACCGAAUUUGGAGCCAAUGCAGCUAGAAGCAGAAAGCAAUUUGGAGAAGUUGUCGUCUGUUACUAGCAGUCAGACAUCACUGCUGAACCCUGACACACCAGAAUUAAAACCCCUUAAUGUUGAUAUCAUGGACAGCAUGUAUCUUCCCUUUCAAACCAUUCCUAUAAGUCCUGAAUAUCCGGAACAAAAUGCCAAUCAUAACAAUAAUAAUAUCCACACUGAGAGUUAUAUGAUGGCCUCCAGAAACACAGAUUUCAUGGACCUGAAUUCAUAUUGGGAGGAAAUGGUCAAUGUAGAGACACAAACUGUUGUUGAAAUGGUAGAAAAGGCUACUAUUACUGAAUUUACUAAGUCACAAACUGUUCAAGUAGAAAGACAUACCACUGGUGUACAAACUGAACUACCUUUGGUUACAGCUGUACCACCGAAAGUUAAGUCUAAAAAUAAGAAGUUGCAGACAGAUCCAGAAAUGUUUCGUGUGAAGUCUAGUGACUCUAAUUAUAGAUAUAUGAAAAUGUUAGAGAAAGAAGUAUAUAGUUUAAGAAGUCAGAUGUGUUUGAUAGAGAUUCAGAGAGAACUACAUGAAUUACAGAGCACUAAGGUUAGGUGGACUGAAUUUUUUACACCAAGACAUGAAUGUAAUGGGUUAAAUGAAAUGUUAGAUGCUAGAGUGAAUUGGUUAAAACAAUGUCAUAUUAAUAUAAAGACACAACUAGAAUCUGGUAUAGCAAGGCUUGAUACAGGAGUAGGGUUAAAACAACUACCAGAGCCUAAUAUUUAUAUACCAACAGCUAAUGGCAAUCAGACCUUUGUACCUAAAACAGUGAUGUGUCGUCCCAGUCAAUUGGUAAGGGUUCAGCAAGCUAGUAAUCGGGAAUCAUCAGUUCCUGAAAAUCUGACUACUCAGAAGGACAAUUUAGUAUCUCAAUUAGAUAUUGAUAGUGAAAUCUCAGAUGAUAAACAAUCAUUAGACGAAACAACUACGUCCUCCUCUUCUGGAGAAAUUAAUCCAUACAAAGAUUACCCAUUGACACAUCUAAAAGAUUAUGUGGUGAGUGAAAGAUCAUCUGAAAGCGAUACAUCGAAUGAGGUCAAGGUUCAACUUGCAACAGACCAUCACCGUAUUAAGCAACUAAAUAACACUGAGCACGAAGAAAAUAGAAAAGAACUCAUUGGGUAUGACAACAGCUCAGUAACUGUGAAUAUUGAAAAAUAUACGUCCAAAGAGUCAGAAGAGGCACAGUCAGUUGACCAAACAUCUGUUAUGGCCUCUAAUGAGUCAACUGUCAGGAAUGAUAUCAUGACAAUACUGCUCGAUGUGAACCCCAUUUAUGAGCCUGCAAGCAUCAAAUAUCACACAUCUACUUCUUUAAAAGCAAGUCAUAUAUGUAAUGAUGAAUCUCACUUGGGACAUCACAAUGUGAGUAAGCUUAAUUUGAGCCUAUCUGCUAAUUUGGAUGUUAUAAAAGAACUGACAGAGACAAUAAAAGAAGAAGCUGAUAUAGAUACGCAAGUUCUCCAAAACACUAGAAGCACUGAUCAGCCACAGCUGUCAGUGAAAAUUGAAGAUAUCCCAUUGCCUGAUUCAGAUGCUGAAGGACUGCUCGAAAAAAAUGUUGAAUAUGUUGCUGAAGAAGAAAACAAGCUUGAAGAAUAUAGUUCCAGUGCGUUUUCAGAUACUAAAACACGCUGUCUUGUAAAAAAAAUUGACCAUUAUCUGUCAGAAUCAAUUUCUGAUUGUCCUGAAGAAAUAACCACUUUGCCUGAUGUAAUGAAUCCAGAAGAGUCUGUUAAUGGUAAUAGCUUUGAAGCUCCAGUAGAAGAAACCUCAAUUAAUAUCCCUAAAGACAACCCUCUUAUACAAGAAAUACCUCCAGUAUUGAACAAAGACUUGUUAAAAGCGGUGACAACACAACUUGUCAAUGACUAUCCAAAUCUGCUGUCAAAUCCAGAUUACCUGAAAAAACUUGCUGACCAGCAAACUCUGCUUCUUCAGUCAUAUUUGGAUCAAAAAACAAAUCCACAAACUGGUGCUCAAGCUGCAGGUCCUGACACUUCUCCACAUAAUAUGGGUUCACUGCUAAGGAAUGUUGUACCAGUAUCAGCCACCCAACAAAGUAAUUGCUCAUUGAAUCCAGCUGAAAAAAUAAGUUCUGAGUUUGCCAAAAUCUGCUCUACUGGUUCUUCAAGACCCAAUUCUCCAGUUCAUUUAGUUCAACCAUCUGUCAAUUUCAUAUCUCAGCAAAAUAUGUUACCACAUUCACAGCAAAUGAUGUUAAGACCCCUUGGUCCAUAUGAACAACACUUUCCUGUUUCAAAUUCAACAUUCCAACAGCAAUAUAGUGUGAAUGCCUUCCAAAAUCAAUACAGUAACAGACCAGCUUUUAUUAAUGCACAGAAUGUUUCAGGAUUGUUUCCAAUAAGGCAGCAGCAGCCAAUGGUGCCCCAAACUGCACUUUCAACCACUAAUCAGACGCAUACUGGUGCUCCAUUUAGUAAUCCUGUAGCUCCAUAUACAACCCAAAAUGAAAUGAAUUGUUUCUCUCCCAACAAUAUUGAAUCAAGCUCAAAGUUGAUCAAUGAUGGAAAAUCAGAGUCAACAGCCAAUGGAAGUGAUGGUAUGAAAGAUCCCAAUUUACCAGAGAAACAAACUUUGAAGGAACAGUCACCACCAUUGUCUAUUAAAUCCUACCUCGUUCAAAAAGAUAAAGUGAAGUUGACGAAAAGAAAAAACCCUGUUAAUACUGGUACUAGUGGAGAGGAAGAUUCUCAGUCAAUGGACACAAGUAGUGAAACUCUUCAUAACACUUCCUUUUCUAAGCCUGAAAUUUCGGAUAAAGGCACAUCAGAAAUGAAUACCCUUGGUGUUUCCCAAAGAUUUAGCUCUCUUGUAGAGCUAAACCAGUCAGGAUACAUGUCAGAUUGUAAUAUUGACUCCAAAGUAAAAAAGAAUUCCUCACUGAAGCACCUGCAGCAUGACAAUUCAGGUUACAUGUCUGAUUCAGGUUUCAAAAGUAUUCCUAAGACUACUGCUCCAGGAUUUCAAAAUAAAAAGGUUACCACAGCUGCAUUGUUAUCAGGGGCAAAUGGAUUCCAAAAUGGUUCAAGUAAAACACAUAGUAUUCCAAGCCUCUUCUCCUUGUCUCUCAACUCAGAUAAUGUCCAAAGAUUUCCAAAUCCAACAGAUUCCAAAGAAAAUACUUACAAGCAAGAACCAAUCAAGACCUUUGUUCAACAGCCAGAAGUGCUCCAUUCUAGAAGUGAGAAGAAAUCAACUGAUACAGAUAUGAAGAGCAGAAAAAGAAAUAAAACGACAUCAGAUCUAUCCAGACCAAGUGAAAAUAAACCAUUGCCAAUGUUCCAGACAAAUUCAGGUCAAGAUGAUUGGGAUUUGGAAGCUGAUCCUUAUCCAACUACCUUCAAAUUCAAAACUGAUGCCCAAAAAUCGUUGAAUUUUGGGACAAAUGCAUCUGAUCUAUGUACAUUUUCUAAGCAAGCAGUUCAGUCCAAUCCAAAGGGUGUCCCUAAGACAGCGAAGAAAACUGGUUUGAAAUCUGAAGCUAAGAUAAACACACAAUUUCUUGGCCGUCUGUUGAAAAGUACAGAGAGUUCUAAUGAAAGGAAGAAUUCUAAAGCAAUACCUCAAGCUCUAGCCAUGAGUGCAAGUAUACAAGAUAUUGAUGAAGAAGAGGUAGAUGAAUGGAAAACUGUUCCAAAAAAAAUCAAGAAAAUAAAACCAGAAGUGGUAUUACCACCACCACCUAAACCUACUGGAAAGAAAAAGAGAACAGUUAAAGAAGAUGCUGCCUUUAUAAAAUUAAUAGAAUUAAUGACAGCUAGAAUUCCUAAUACCAAUAGGGAUGAUGUGAUUUAUAUUAUUGGUGAAAUACGUAAAAAAAAAGGAACAUUGAAGGGGAUCCCAUUAAAAAAUAUUAUAGAAAUGGGAACAACCAUCAUGUCUAGUAAAGAUAAUAAUCACAAAAUAACCACUGCUAGUAAAGUUCAAGUAGCAACACAUUUUGCUAAAGAUGUACCCCCAAGAUUUAAACGUAUUAUGGAACAAACUGUAACAGAGUUAUCUCUACCUAAAUCCUAUGAAGAAGGUGAUGUUUGUGUUAUAUGUUGUGAUGAAUUAUCAGCAGAAAGAACCAAAGCUUUAGACUGUGGUCAUGAAUUCCAUAUUAUGUGUAUAAAUGAAUGGGUGUAUAAACAUGAAAGAACAUGUCCAACAUGUCGUCAAAUAGCUCUUUUCCCUGAAGAAUUUCCUACCCUAGGUGCUGGUUAA